UAUCACCAACUCCAACUUCCAUUGCCCGCCCCACGAAGCAUGCCCGGGUCCCAGCCCGUGCCUCCAAUAACCUACCAUGCAGUGCUACACUGAGCUCACCCCUCCCACCGCCGUGACCCACGCAGUCUCUCUCCCCUUCCUCUCCUCGAAAUCGAACAAUCUCGUGGUCGCGAAAGCUUCACUUCUCCAAAUCUUCGAGCUCAAAUCCACCAUUACGGAGGUCGCAUCGGCAUCCAAAGACGAUGCAGCAAAUCUAGACGCCGACGCCGAAGACUUGGCUAUACAGCGGACGGAGCACACCUCGAAGCUAGUGCUGGUGGGAGAAUAUCCUUUGUCGGGGACGGUCAUCUCUUUGGCGCGCGUGAAGAUUCUCGACACAAAAUCAGGUGGAGAAGCGCUGUUACUCGCAUUUCGAGACGCCAAACUCAGCUUGGUGGAAUGGGACCCAGAAUAUCACAAUUUGAAUACAAUCUCAAUACAUUACUACGAAGGCCAUGACCUCGGCGCAGCUCCCUGGUCGCCUGAACUUGAAGAUUGUUGCAACUACUUGAGUGCCGAUCCCAGCAGCAGGUGUGCCGCGCUGAAGUUUGGUGUCCGAAAUCUUGCCAUUCUACCGUUUCGCCAGGUCGGAGAUGACCUCGUGGGAGAGGACUAUGACCCGGACCUGGACAGCCCCAUUGACAGACCAUUGGCAAGGACAAAAACCACGAAUGGUGACGGUGAACAUGCCAAGAGCCAGACUCCAUACGCCUCGUCUUUUGUGCUUCCCUUGACGGCGCUAGACCCGUCGUUGACCAACCCGGUCCACCUGGCCUUCUUGCACGAAUAUCGCGAGCCUACCUUUGGAAUCAUAUCGUCGUCCAGAGCGCCAGCGGGGUCUCUUCUGGCCGAGCGGAAGGACAUUCUCAAUUACACCGUUUUCACCCUCGACUUGGAGCAAAAGGCAUCAACUACUCUACUCACCGUGCCAGGAAUUCCGUAUGACGUGUCUCGAGUGGUGCCAUUACCACUGCCAGUCGGUGGAGCUCUACUUAUGGGCGGCAAUGAGAUCAUUCACGUGGACCAGGCCGGAAAGACCAAUGCAGUCGGCGUCAACGAAUUUGCAAGAGCUUGCACUGCCUUUUCCAUGGCCGAUCAGUCAGAUCUGGCUCUUAGGCUCGAAGGAUGUACGGUAGAACAGCUCUCCCCAGACAGUGGCGACGUUCUCAUUAUGCUCAACAAUGGAGACCUCGUCAUCCUCACCUUCACUCUGGAUGGGCGUUCGGUAUCUGGAAUGACCGUAAGGCUAGUUGACGAGGAGCGUGGUGGUAAAUUGGUCUCCUGCGCUGCGUCGUGUGCCACUAAUCUGGGCCGUGGCAGGAUGUUCGUUGGCAGUGAGAGUGGAGAUUCUGUUCUGUUAGGAUGGGCAAGCAAAACAACUCAACUCGCGAGAAAGCGAUCGCACGCAGAUAUGCUUGUUGAUAAUAGCGACUCAUCUUUUGAUGAAGCCGAUCUGGAUGACCUUGACGACGAUCUCUACGACAAUAGCAAUAGUCCUACCAAACAAUCAGUAGUAUCACCCACGGGGACGAGCGCGCCUGAUGCGUACACAUUUAGGAUACAUGAUUCCAUGAUUAGUCUCGCUCCGAUGAAAGAUAUCACAUUUCCUGCAAAGGAACGCCCGGCUACAAAAGCAUCUCAGGUCGCCUCCUCAGAACUCGUUGCUUCUACUGGCAGGGGAAGGGCUGGCGCUGUAAGCAUUCUCAAGCGUGAAGUGGAACCGAAAAUCCUGAAGCGAACAUCUAUAUCAUCAGCUCGUGGGCUCUGGGCGGUUUCUGCACGGAAACCAAGACCCAAGGGCAUGAUCACUUCCGGGGCUCAAGACUCUGAGGCCAACAUUGCUGCCGACGCCGAGUAUGACCAGUACUUAGUAGUCUGCAAAACCAACACAACUGGCAAUGAAGACAGUUCCACGUACAAAGUCAAUGGCACGAAUCUCGAAGAGAUCACAACUGGAGAGUUCGAGAGAGAAGAUGCUUCGACAACAGAUGUCGGAGUCAUGGCGAAGGGUACCAAGAUUGUCCAAAUUCUUACAAGCGAGGUCCGAAUAUACGAUUCGGAACUCGGCCUAAGCCAGAUCAUUCCAAUGGAGGAUGAAGAGACCGGUGCUGAAUUAAGAAUCAUCAAUACUAGCUUCGCAGACCCCUACAUGCUAGUAUUACGAGAUGAUUCUAGCGUCAAAAUAUUCAAAGCAGACGAAGAAGGGGAGGUUGAGGAGAUUGAAAGCAAUCUAUUUUCAUCAACAAAAUGGCUCUCGGGGUGUCUGUACAUCUCUCCGUCCGUUAGUAGUCAACCCUUGGCAUUUUUGUUGACCGCAGAAGGUGGACUGAAAAUCUUCGAUGUGGGCGAUCUGGAAAAGCCAAGCUACGUAGCAGAGGGUCUUGGGUUUCUUCCUCCCACUUUGACUGCAGAAUAUGCGCCUCGGAGGUCAACCGCGAAAGCAACACUCACGGAGAUACUCGUUGCGGAUCUGGGUGACACAACUUGCAGGUCACCGCAUCUAUUUGUUCGAACUGCCAGCGACGAUUUGAACAUAUACCAACCCUACCACUACCCUUCAAAAGAUGCAUCCGCGCCCUUUACGUCAAAUCUUCGGUGGCAAAAGAUGCCUCAAAUGCACCUCCCAGCAUACUCUGAAGAGUCGAAUCUAGACUCAGGAGACACCGGUAGCAACAGCACUCUGAAAGCACUAGAUAAUGUUGGUGGGUACAGCACCGUCUUCCAACGCGGGGCAUCGCCAUGCUUCAUAUUUAAGGAAGCGUCGAGUACUCCUAAAGUCAUAGGUCUCAGAAGCAAGGCAGUAAAGGGUCUCACACGAUUCAAUACUGCAGCUUGUGAACGGGGCUUUGCAUUCAUAGAUGCGGAUGAUGAAUUACGCGUGUGCCAGCUCCCGUAUCAAUUCCGAUACGGCGACUUAGGCUGGGCUGCUCGCAAGCUUCGACUUGGCGAGGAAAUCCAUGCUUUAGACUACCACCCGAAAGGUGUCUAUGUGCUUGGAACUGGUCGGAUGAUUGAUUUCAGCCUUCCGGACGACUCUUAUCACUAUGAAUGGGCUCGGGAAGAAACGACGUUCAAACCCCAGGUUGAGCAAGGCAUCAUCAGGCUAUUAUAUCCCGGGACGUGGUCUAUCAUUGACAGUCACGAACUCGACCCUUACGAACUAGUACUUUGUGUAAAGACACUGGACCUAGAAGUCUCGGAGUCCAUGCACGAGCGGAAACCCCUUAUCGCCGUCGGUACAGCUAUCGUUCAAGGAGAGGAUCUCGCAACCAAAGGGUGUAUCUACAUCUUCGAGGUCAUCACCGUAGUUCCACAGCCGGGGCGCCCCGAGACAAGCCGCAAACUAAGGCUGAUCGUACGCGAGGAGGUGAAAGGAGCUGUUAGCGCCAUCUCAGCUAUCGGGACCCAAGGCUUCAUGAUCAUGGCACAGGGCCAGAAGUGCAUGGUUCGGGGUUUGAAAGAAGACGGAACACUACUCCCUGUCGCUUUCAUGGAUAUGCAGUGCUACGUCUCAGUUCUCAAGGAACUCUCGGGUACCGGGAUGUUACUCAUGGGUGACGCAGUGAAGGGCUUGUGGUUCACCGGCUAUACUGAAGAACCCUACAAAAUGCUGCACUUCGGCAAAUCCCGCUCGCACAUGGAAGUCCUCGCCGCCGAAUUCCUCCCCCACGAAAAACAACUGCACAUUAUGGUCGCCGACGCGGACUGCAACAUCCACGUGCUGCAAUUCGACCCAGAGCACCCCAAGUCCCUCUCCGGCCAACGCCUCCUCCACAAAUCCACCUUCCACACCGGCCACUUCCCCACCAGCAUGACCCUCCUCCGCUCCUCCCUCUCCCCUUCCAUGGCCACUAUCCCAGAUCCACAAACUUCGUCUGCGACCCCCAUGGACGUCGACGAGCCCACCGCCACUGGGCCUCUGCAUCACAUCCUGCACACCUCCACCUCCGGCAUCAUCUCCCUCCUCACGCCCUUGUCCGAGAGCACAUACCGUCGCCUCAGCGCGCUCGCUACGCAUCUUACUAACACGCUGGAGCACCCAUGCGGGCUAAAUCCGCGCGCGUAUCGGAAAGUCGAGAGCGAGGGGUUCGGGAACCGCGGGGUGUUGGAUGGGGGUGUGUUGCGCAGGUGGGGCGAGCUCAGUUCUCAGCGCAGAGCGGAAGCGUGCGGGAAAGUGGGGACGGAGGAGUGGGUUGUGCGGAGCGAUCUGGAGGUUUUAGGGGGAGCGGGGUUGGGAUUCUGAAAACCGAAGGGAAGGAAGCUUGAAGUAGGAGAGUUUCGGGUGGGUUGAGUAGAGAGGAGAUUGGGGGGGGGGCCGGGUGUUUGGGUUGCUUAUUAGCAGAUUUAAGCUAGCUUUCAAUCUGUUAUACGUCUAGUUUAUAAUAUAGCAGUCUGUUGGGCACUGGAGAUAUUGCUGUAUGCUCGAGAUGGUGCGGCGGUGGUUGGUGAUGUGGUCUAUCUACGCUGUGACGGAAGGCUGCCGUUUGUAGGGAUAAGUGCCCACGUGGUGUAGAGACGUGGCGUGCCACCUAUAUAUGUAACUACUCUAAUCCUAUUUCCCC